GUUUACCAUUUCGAUUUCCAGACGAUGAGUCUUUAGGUUUUACUACAUCGUGCGGUAUCUCUAUUGUUUGAUACUAGCCUCAGUCACUACAUUCUUUUCGCUGUAUGGAUGUAGGACCAACCGGCCCUUACAACAAUGACGAACGGAGCGCUAGAGAGGUCUAUUCCAGUGACGUGAGCCUCUUUGUCCUCUCCUCGCUGGACCAGUUGUCUCGGUGCUGACUCUUUCUGUUCGAAAGAAUUGUAUUGUGUCUUUCUUGUCAUGCCUCGCGGUCGCGUGUACUCCCCGAGGUCGAAAAUCGGCUUGUCAUGGUGUUAAUAGAUACUUCCCCCGAGGAUGAAUCCCGAGGCAGCACUCACUUUCAUAUCUAUCCGGUCGAAGAUUCGCGCCCUGAAAUGGGAUAAGGCUGACGCUGAACUCGCGAAAAUUGCUAAGGCUGUACACGACGGAGAAACUCAACGCGAAGUCGACGCGCGGAUUCAUACAUUGGACACGGAGGGUAAACUGCUCUAUUUCUGUUUGAUGCUCCGAACUGGCGCGCAGCUCCUUUCGACUUUUCUUCAGGUUUGAUAUUUGGUUCUUUGAAUGAACAAAACAGGACACGUCCCGACCGGAAAGGCUCGCAAUACCUGCAUAGACUCAGAGAGGGACGUGCUCGAUAUUCUGGAAGUUACGCGGCAUUCAGAAGACGGUUUUUUCGAAGAGUCCACAUGGACGGCGAGGUUCAGGGACUGGCGGAGAAGAAAAAGGCGGAUGGUUUUGUUUAUCGAUGCAGUCAUAAAAGAGUUUGAAACAUACCAAUCUCCGCAGCUGACGAGGCUCAAGAACGCGCUCUAUGAGGACCGAUUAUUGGGUGGAAAAGUAGCCGAGGCAAUGCUGAAACGCGGUAUUUUGCACAUACUGUGAUGUUUUGGUUUUCACAUGCUGAGCCGCGGCGUUCUGUUUCCCAAGUCAUACCUGCCGCUGCAAAAUCAAUCUCAGGUUGUUGGCCGAGCAAGUGGAAGCACGAGGGCUUCUCCCGCUUCAUGUUUUCGGAAGAGCUGCAAGAUUGGCUCCAAAUCUUCCUCCCGGUGCUGGAAAAGCACAACACUGAUUAUAAAGACGCGGACCCGCGGGGUCCCCACGAACCUUUUCUCGCCAAACUGGACGCAGUCGCAGCGAAAUUUGUAGCGGAGUUGCCGCAACGGAGAUCGCAGUUGGAUUAUCGGACAGCGAACUUUAUUACGAGCGAACGGAACUUGUUGACCAACGGGGGAAACGGAAGGAGGUCGUGGGGCGUGCUCGAAUGGGAAAAGGGGGCUUGGCGCCUGAGCAAGUCGGUCUUAAACCACGGUGAGUGUUAUUUUUUCAGGGAGUUCUCAUUUCAGAUAAGGCCAGACUGAUGAUGGUUUUUCCAUCGUAUUGCCGAAGAACAUUUCAGCCGCAUGCUGAUAUCGCAUUUUAAUCCCGAAUCAGGCCUGUUCAACAUGAGCCGUCCUGGGGGGCGCCUAAAGCCGGACGAGGCCGCGACUUUCAAGGACGAUUUCUUCAACAAGAUCAAGGAGCUCAACGACAACGUGUACGUGCAUACGGCGAACAUGGCGCUCAAGAGGGAUUCUAUGGAGCAGGAUAUGGAAAAGUGGAUUAAAGACGAAGUAAAAAAAAAGUUUCCGCGCCCCAUGCACUUUUCUCCGCGUGAACGAGACACCGCCCGACCGGCAUCUUCACCACGAGCCGCGCGUCCCCAGGUAGAUGCUCCCACUAACGAUAAUGUGAAGACAGGGACGAGUUCCUUCGAGUACUCCGAGUCGCCCGAGCCGCCGUCCCCCGGGGCACGGGAAUCUGUGGUGCGGACGCCUUCGGAUGCGGAGCAGGGAAGCAGACGGGUUAGCUCCAGCGGUCCAUCACCGUCCCCGCCGGCGCGGAAGCGUCAGGAUAGAAAAGCGACCCCCGCUGCUCCCUCGCCGCCGCCACGGGUCGUUCGGGAAGAGGAUGCAUAUGCACGUUCGCACGGCGUCAUCCCCCUAUCAGAGGAUCAACUGGUGGAGAAGCUGGGCCAGGCGCCCGUUGUCUCGCCCUGGGAGACGUUCGUACCCGAAAACCAGGACGGUAAGCGGCUCCUCAGGUACCGCGAGACCCGCACGGGCUACACAACCUCUCAGCGACCGCCAUGCACCUGGUUGGUGCCUGGAUGGGUCGGGUUUUUUCCCAAAGAAGACCCAAAAACCCCUGCGUUUUGGAACAUAGAUAAUGGCGCUACGAGCUGGGGGCAUCCUUUGGUAAACUAACCCAACGUGGAGCCACAGGAAGGGGCGGAAGACGCAGCGUGAGGUGUCUUAAGAGGCGAGUUGUUGAGUUGGACGAGCAGUGUUUUUCUUGUAUGAUGUUUGUUUUCCAAAAAAUUGUAUAAUUGUUGCGGGUUUUAGUAUCCACAAAUAUGGAAGUUCUCCAUCAAAACGAGCCACAUGAACCACAUGUAGCUGCAAGCACCUACUAGUAAACUGCUCCUUCAAUACACCGGACGUGUACCUACUUGGACAAGUCAAACGAUUUGAGUUUUUCGCUUUUCUCAGACAGAGUAUCGUCUUCCUUUUGCUUCUUGUUUCGAAAAAUCGCAUGUCAUAAGUCUGCAAGACAGAAAGGAAAGCUGCGACACUUUUGAACCCAUGAGCAAGAUCGACAAGUCUGAAAGUUACUACCUGGUCACGUUUUCUGGAGCGUGACACGUGCUGCGAUGAGGUAGCGGAGCGUGUGUUCGCUCAUCGGAGCACUGUCGGAUUUCUGCUAUGACAAGACAGAGCCAUGGUGUCUCGCCGUGAAAGUGGAAAGGAGGAUGAGCGUUAACUCUUCGGGCCGGAGGAGUCCGCCACAAUUAAUAUGCUGCGCUUACUAUGUUUGAUGCGUUCGUUGGAGCGACAGCACCUUACUUUGCAUAGCACCGACUCAAUACUAGUUGAACUGCUAUGACUGAUUGCGUUGCUGAUACGAGCGGUUGCUGGACGGGACCGGCGUCGAGAGACAAACAGAGAAAGCGUUUAGCGCAGUUUCUGUAGGCGCUUCUACCAUCCAAAAU